AUGUCGGCGAGCAAGUCAGGUAUCAAAGUCAUCAUUGUUGGUGCUGGAUUCGGCGGAUUGACAGCCGCCAUCGAAUGUCAUCGGCAAGGCCACGAUGUCGAGAUCUAUGAGUCCUUCCCUGAGCUCAAAGUUCUUGGUGACAUCAUAUCCUUUGGCGGAAACGCCGGUAGGAUCUUUCACCGAUGGUCCGACGGCAAAGUCGUAGCCAGACUGCGUCCGUUGUGCAUCAACAUACAGGACUACGGCUUCCGAAUUCACAAAUGGGACACUGGUGAGGUUGUCUACCACCAGAAGCGACCACCGCCGAAUCCUGAGGCUCCAGUUUUGAAUGGCCAUAGAGGCGAGCUUCAUGAGAUAAUCUUCAACUAUGCACGCGAUGAGCUUGGCAUUCCCAUUCACCUUGGCCAGCGAGUAUCCGAGUAUUUUGAGAAUGAGACAAAUGCUGGUAUCAUUUUGAAGAGCGGAGAAAAGGUUUUCAUCUCCCAGCUUCAUAGGUCUACUCAGCUAAAAUUGGCUUAG